ACCUGUAGGUGUCCAUUCCAUUCGUGUUGACUGCGUUGUACUGAUCAAAUCGUUGUGUCCACCAGACGACCAAAUUUAAAAAAAAAAAAGAUUGUUCAUCAGUUGUCAAAUAUUUCAAUAACCUUUGACGUUGAAAGAUGCCACAAGAACCCAAGGAGAAAAUCAGCCAAUCGUGGAGAAAAACACAGAAGAGAAACAGCCUAGUGAAAUCUGUGAUUGAGCCAACUGGCCAAAAAGGCAACUCUGUUUCGUCCAGCUUAAAGAUGGAAGCGCUGAUUUACCCAAAAAAUCUGGACAAUGUUGUGUCUGACGCCAAUGGAAAUAUUAUCACACUACAGGAGUCAGGACCGUCAGACGCCAGUGUCUCAGGAACCAACUCAGACGUGGUCAAAGUGGUGCCGGAUAAUGGCGUCAGCACAAAGACCGCACCACCCACAUCUCGAGGCUACGACAACAAUAAAACAGCGCCAUCAGCAGUGCAGCAGGCGAGAUCAAGAAGUAGGUCGACUCUGAGAAGCAGCGGGUGCGACUCUCGAAAUAUCCCAGAAUCCUCCAGCGGAAAGAAAAUCCUGGCCAAAAGAAGCCAGUCUGUUCCGAGAAUAGACUUCCGCCAUAGAGAACCGCCCGCUGAUAAGCGAUGGAACUCCUCAAAUAGAUUCUACAGCCACAAUAACAUGGAGCAGGUCACCAAGAAACCAACACAGAAAUCGUGGUCUCGCAGAUUCUCUGGCAGUUUUGACGGGCAUCAGAUGCCAGCCGUCAAUGCCAAUCACUGGUCUAGAUCUGGUGUGAGAACCACUGCUCCCCAGUCUUUUAACACUGAUUGUUUUGCUCAUGAAAGAUUCAGGCACCGCGUGGAUAUGGCUUCAAAGCGUUAUCAGUUUUAUGAACAAAAUGCAAACCCUGCUCAAAGAGGCAACCGUAGGUGGUCGACAGCGGGUUAUGACGCUCAGCUCACAAUGAAGAAUACUCGUCAAAAUGAAGCAUUCGACCAGGGUAGACUGUCACAUCCAGCUGACGCGUAUCAUCGGGCAGCGACUGACAGACUGUCCGGCAGUCACGUGACAGUCAGCCAGCCCCAGCAGUACAGCAACAUCAAGACCACGCACAGCGACAACAGCAAGACCACAGCCAGCAAGAAGCGGAGUUCCAGCGACAACAGCGCACCCAGAGUUCUGAGCACCGGUGUUAAACACGUCAGGACACUGGCGAGCACACACCAGCUAAACACCGCAGCACGCCUACACACCUCACUGGAACACGCUGCCUCAGCUGUUGAGAACUCUGUCCCACCGGUGCAGUACCCUGCCCCUAACCAACAUCAACCCACUACAGAUGUGUUGCAGGAAUUCCCAAUAGACUUGUCUCGUUCUGCGAUGAUAUCGGAACCAAGUAACACCAAGAUGAUUCCAUCGUUGCCCAGUUCUGCAAACACUUCAGCUUCCCAGAACCCUGACAAAAAUAGAACACCUGAUGCCAACGUUCCUGGCUGUACCAAUGAUCUAGACAUUAAAUUACUAAAACGCCAAUCAACAAACGACACAGUAAAGCUCAUAACACGUCUGUCAUCUGAUGCUGGUGGUGUUACGCACCAUGACACAAAUCUAUUUACAAAGAAUGACAUAAAUUGCGCACCGAACCAAGCACCAGACGAACCAGUGCGCACCCGCACCACCGCUAGAACUCUCGACUUCUGCCCUCGUAUCGAUACCAGCGUCCCGCCGCCAUCUCACCCUCAGCGAGCCAAUCAAACGACGGUAUCCAAACCACGUGUCACAACUCAACCAACCCACAUGAACACCAUCAGGCAGGAUAUCCAAGAAGAAAUGGCCCGAGCACGGAGCAUGUCCAUCCCCGUGAACUUUAACCCGAACGCUCAAGACAACGACCAGUCUCGUCUGAACCCGUCGGCUGACGAGUUUUCCCCCACGCUCAAAGACGCCUACGGCAACAGUUACACGGUGUCCAGCAGCAAAGGGGUCUUCUACUUCCGACCCCAGGUUCAACUGGCUUCAAAUCCCAACUAUGUCGUGGCCACUGAACCUCAAUACAGCGCUGCUCAGAGUAUAGUGGGCCCUGUUUACAACAGCGGCGUUGUCAACAUGCCGUACACCAUGGGGGUGAUCUCACAACAACCUGUGCCGUCGUAUCCAACGAAUGACCUGCAGAAACCUGCGUACUACCUGUACGACGAACACGGUCAACUAAGCGCGACUUUAAUGACACCUGGACCACAGGUGACCACCCCAUCGUACACGCCAAUGCUCGCUCCAUCGGUGGGCGCCGAGUCUUUAGUCUUCACAUUUCCCCAGACCAUCACCAGCCAGGAUCAGGUGUAUCAGUUCCCAGUGCAGCCUGUACUACCGCAGUUCUGUAGCACCAACUCUCAAUACACAACACAAACCGGCGUUUCGAGCUUCGCUGGAUACGAGCAGUCCUGCUUGACAACGCAAAACUUUUCAUAUGAGCCACACGUCAUUCAGAACUCCGCCCUUUUACAUAAUACACAGCAGGAUCAACAUACGCCUAUGAUACAAAUAGCGCAUAACCUACCGAUGCCUAAUGCUAAUUACGCCAUUUCAUUUCCUGAUCAAAGCCUGCCGAUUCCAUUUCCUGAAUCUUAUCCGAAAAACAUAGAUACAGAAAAUUCGCCAAUAAACCAGUGGUCACUGCCAAGCCCACCAACCUCAAGCCCAUCUCAAGAAAGCCCACCACAAGCCUCAAACUUCCACUCACGGUCAACACGCCCACAGAGUCAAACUACGCAUGCGCAGGUUCCACAAACACCUCCUGGAGCCACUCAGAAAACAAGCGAUGACGACAAUGACGUGACCAAAUCCGUGGCAAAGCGCCUCGUCCAGUUCUUUAAAACCGGAAGCAUGGAGAAGCUCCGCAGUAAUGGCGCCUCACCCGGCACCCUCCCGGCAGAUUUGGACAUUGUGGAGACCCUGAUCGACCUGAUCCGGGUGCUACAGAGCCGGAACCCGGGCCUGACGGACCGUGACCUCGUGGACAUUGUGCACGUGCAUCUUCAGAUGUUUUACAUGGGGGCUCAGAGUGGUUCGGAGGAAGAGAAGGGUGGCAGACGGCGAUGUAAUAAGUAGUGUAGUGUGUAGUACAGUGUCGGUACAGGUGAUGUGUAUGGGGGAAUACAGUACUCACGCUGAGACUUUGAUACGUGAGCUGUUCAAUGGACAGUUAAAUUAUACCGGUUUUUAUUUUGU